AUGAUUGAAGACAAGGGGCCUCGUGUUGCUGACUACUUUGUUGUCGCAGGCUUAACUGACGUUUCAAAGCCUCUGGAAGAGGAAAUUCACUUCAAUGAUGCCUGUCACAAAGUGGCAAAACCAAAAGAACCCAUCACAGAUGUUUCUGUCAUCAUCAAAUCCCUUGGGGAGGAGGUGCCACGGGAUUACGUGUGUAUAGACGUUACCCCAACUGGAUUGUCAGCAGACCUUAAUAAUGGAAGUCUUGUGGGACCCCAGAUUUAUCUUUGCUAUAAAAGAGGGAGAGAUAAACCUCCACUUACAGAUCUGGGGGUAUUAUAUGACUGGAAAGAGAGACUGAAGCAGGGCUGUGAGAUUAUUCAGAGCACUCCCUACGGACGACCUGCCAACAUUAGUGGCAGUACCUCAUCACAAAGGAUCUACAUCACUUAUCGAAGAGCCUCUGAAAACACGACUCAGAACACGCUGGCUGUCACGGACAUAUGCAUUAUUAUACCAAGUAAAGGAGAGAGUCCGCCACACACGUUCUGCAAGGUCGACAAGAAUCUCAACAAUAGUAUGUGGGGAUCUGCAGUGUAUUUAUGCUAUAAAAAAUCAGUGGCAAAGACUAACACUAUAUCUUACAAAGCAGGUCUAAUUUGCAGAUAUCCUCAAGAAGAUUACGAGUCGUUCUCACUGCCAGAAUCUGUUCCCCUUUUUUGUUUACCAAUGGGAGCUACUAUUGAAUGCUGGCCACCAGACAGCAAAUACCCUCUUCCUGUGUUCUCCACGUUUGUGUUAACUGGAGCCUCCGCUGAAAAGGUCUAUGGUGCUGCUAUUCAGUUUUAUGAACCAUACCCUGAGGAGAACCUUACAGAAAAACAGAGACUUCUUUUGGGUUUAACGUCUCUGGUGGAUGGAAAGUCUGAUAGUUCUAGAACAGUUCACACUAACAAAUGCAUCUGUCUGCUUUCUCACUGGCCUUUUUUUGAUGCAUUCAGAAAAUUUCUGACUUUUCUGUAUCGUUAUUCCAUCUCUGGACCUCAUGCCCUUCCAAUUGAGAAGCAUAUUUCUCAUUUUAUGCAUAAAGUUCCCUUUCCAUCUCCUCAGAGGCCACGGAUUUUAGUUCAGUUAUCCCCACACGAUAAUCUGAUUCUCAGUCAGCCUGUUUCUUCACCUCUUCCAUUAAGUGGUGGAAAGUUUUCAACACUACUCCAGAAUCUUGGACCUGAGAAUGCUGUGACACUGCUGGUGUUUGCCGUAACAGAACACAAAAUCCUCAUCCAUUCCCUGCGGCCCUCUGUGCUCACCAGUGUGACAGAAGCAUUAGUGUCUAUGAUCUUCCCUUUCCACUGGCCCUGCCCGUAUGUUCCUCUCUGCCCAUUGGCUCUCGCAGAUGUCCUCAGUGCACCUUGUCCAUUCAUAGUAGGCAUUGAUUCAAGAUACUUUGAUCUUUAUGACCCUCCACCAGAUGUCAGUUGUGUCGACUUAGAUACCAACACCAUUUCUCAAACUGGUGACAAAAAGAAUGUAGCCUGGAAGAUUCUUCCGAAGAAGCCAUGUAAAAAUCUGAUGAAUACGCUGAAUAAUUUGCACCAGCAGUUGGCAAAAUUGCAGCAGAGACCCAGAGAUGAUGGACUAAUGGACUUAGCAAUGAAUGAUUACGAUUUUAAUUCCGGGAAGAGGCUGCACAUGAUAGAUCUGGAAAUCCAGGAGGCAUUCUUGUUUUUCAUGGCCUCUAUUUUAAAAGGUUAUAGGUCAUACUUACGGCCAAUAACACAAGCCCCGUCUGAGACAGCAACAGAUGCAACCUCCCUUUUUGCCCUUCAAGCUUUCUUAAGAAGCCGGGACCGAUCACAUCAAAAGUUCUAUAACAUGAUGACCAAAACACAGAUGUUUAUUCGCUUCAUUGAGGAAUGUUCUUUUGUCAGCGAUAAAGACGCAAGCCUGGCCUUUUUUGAUGACUGUGUGGAUAAAGUAGACACAGACAAGAGCGGUGACGUUCGACUUAUAGAACUGGAUGCAUCUUUCAAGAGUGAACAUACUGUUUUUGUGACGCCGCCUGAGAUCCCCCAUCUUCCCAAUGGUGAAGAGCCACCAUUACAGUACAGCUAUAAUGGAUUUCCAGUUCUCAGGAACAAUUUAUUUGAGAGGCCUGAAGGAUUUCUACAAGCACGAAAGAACAAACUACCUUCAAAACCAAGCAGUCCCGGCAGCCCUUCUCCCAUGUUCAGAAGAACAAAACAGGAAAUCAAAUCAGCCCAUAAGAUUGCAAAGAGGUAUUCUUCUAUCCCUCAGAUGUGGUCUCGGUGUCUGCUGCGUCACUGUUAUGGAUUGUGGUUUAUCUGUCUCCCAGCUUAUGUGAAGGUUUGUCAUUCCAAAGUCAGGGCUCUGAAAACAGCAUAUGAUGUGCUUAAAAAAAUGCAGCUGAAGAAGAUGGAUCCACCCGAUGAGGUGUGCUACCGAAUUCUCAUGCAGCUCUGUGGGCAGUAUGACCAGCCUGUGCUUGCAGUGCGAGUGCUUUUUGAAAUGCAGAAAGCUGGUAUUGACCCCAACGCAAUCACUUACGGUUAUUACAAUAAGGCUGUUUUGGAAAGUACAUGGCCUUCAAGAAGUCGUAGUGGCUAUUUUCUCUGGACAAAAGUAAGAAAUGUUGUUUUAGGAGUUGCACAGUUCAAAAGAGCUUUAAAGAAACAUCCACAAUUACCACAGACAGCACUCUCAGGUGGCCGGUCUGAUCUUGGAUAUAAUUCAUUAUCUAAGGACGAUGUUAGAAGAGAGGGUACAUCUGCUGAAGACAUUCAAGGGGAAAAGGAUAAAAAAGGGAGUGAUUCUAGUUCCUUGUCAGAGAAUGAGAGUACAAAAGGAAGUGCUGAUUGCCUUCCUACUCUCAGUUACCAAAGUUCUUCCACUAUAGUUCGCCUCAAUGGUCCAAGUAACGGCAGUGCAGAUCAGGCAUCUGGAGACUGUGAGGAAAGAACACCUGAGCUGCUCUUAAUGCCAUCUCCUGAGGACACGAAUGAAGCACAGAACAUGCCAAGCAGACGCUUUAGGAAAAGGCAUAAAAGUGACGAUGAAUCUCAUUUGCAGCAGCAAAUGCCGUGGGGAAAUAGGAACCGUAAUCUUAGUGGUGGGGUACUGAUGGGAUUUAUGCUGAACCGAAUUAACCAGGAAACAAACCCUGGAGAUAUGGUGGAAAAAUUAGGAGCUGAUGCAAAAAUUCUUUCAAAUGUUAUUGCAAAAAGCACAAGACCAAAUAGUCUUGAUAUUGGAAAACCACCGGUGAGAUCCAAGAGAGACAGCCUAGAGAAGGAGUCUAGUGACGAUGACACACCUUUCGAUGGCUCUAACUGCUUGGACAAAGUGGAGUCUCCUGUUAUCUUUGACUUAGAAGAUUUAGACACUGAAACAGAUGGAUCAAAAGUGGGAUGUGUCACUGCACAGAAUCCCAAGAGGCUUCAGCGUAUGAACAGCAGCUUUUCAGUAAAACCUUCUGAAAAAACAGAUGUUGUAACAGGAUUUGAUCCUCUCUCACUUCUGGUUGCUGAGACUGAGCAGCAGCAGAAAGUGGACGAGGAAGAGGAGGAAGAUGAGAACAAGAGCGUCUCAACACCGUCUGCCAGGCGCAACUUAGCUGAGGAAAUUGAGAUGUACAUGAAUAACAUGAGCAGUCCGUUGACAAGCCGUACCCCAAGCAUUGAUUUACAGCGAGCAUGUGAUGAUAAGUUAGCCAAUAAGAAAAGUCCAACAUUGGUCAAGGCCUGCAGAAGAUCAAGCCUGCCUCCCAAUUCUCCUAGGCCAGCGAGACUUACGAAAUCCAAAAGUUACACCAAGAGUGAGGAGAGACCAAGGGAUAGACUGUGGUCCUCACCAGCCUUCUCACCCACUUGUCCAUUCAGGGAAGGGUCUCAAGAGACACUAGCCCACUCGUCACCUUCAUUUAACCUGGAUACACUGCUGGUGCCUAAACUUGAUGUUCUGAGGCACAGUGUGUUCACUGCUGGGAAAGGAGUUGCAGAGAAGGCAAGCAAGUGGUACUCAAGGUUCACCAUGUACACCACGUCGUCAAAGGAUCAAAGUUCUGAUCGUACCAGUCUUUCUUCAGUGGGAGCCCAGGAUUCUGAAUCUACCUCUUUGACAGAUGAAGAUGUCUGCCAUGAGUUGGAAGGAGCCACUUCCUCCCAAGAAAGCAGUGCGGCUUCAGGGACCAAGGGGAUUGAUGUCAGCCGGGCCAGCCUGGGAAGCUCCGCCUCCUUAGAAGGAUCCCUGUCAAAGUUUGCCUUACCUGGAAAAUCAGAGACUGCAUCUUCUCUUAACACCAGUAAUACCAAUAUCUUCCAGAACUAUGCAAUGGAGGUUCUCAUCUCAAGCUGUUCUCGGUGUAGAACAUGUGACUGUCUUGUCCACGAUGAGGAAAUCAUGGCUGGCUGGACUGCGGAUGACUCAAAUCUCAACACUACAUGCCCGUUCUGCGGAAAUCUCUUCUUACCCUUCCUGAAUGUGGAAAUCAGAGAUUUAAGACGACCCGGAAGAUACUUCUUGAAGCCCAGCUCGUCAGCAGAGACUAUGCACUUCACAUCUUCCUUCCCGAGUCGGACAAGGCAGCCUUGCCUGUCAGCCUCGGCCUCUGGUCUUGACACAUCUUCUCUCUCUGUUCAAGGGAAUUUUGAUCUAAAUAACAAAUCUAAACUGCAGGAAAAUCCAUGUGCCCGAAGUAUCCAGAUCCCUGCUCACAGAUCAAAAACUGUUGUGUCCAAAUGCCCAUUAUUCCCCAUGGCCAGAAGCAUCAGCACAUGUGGCCCCUUGGAUAACAUCGAUCCUGGAGAACAGAAGCUCAUUCCCACAGGCAGCCUGCCAGCGACCUUACAAGGACCUACGGAUUCCUUAGGGUUAGAAUGGCACCUACCAAGUCCAGACCCCGUCACUGUCCCAUACCUUAGUCCCUUGGUGGUGUGGAAGGAACUGGAGAGCUUACUGGAAAAUGAAGGCGACCACGCGAUAACAGUGGCAGACUUUGUGGACCAUCAUCCGAUUGUUUUUUGGAACUUGGUGUGGUAUUUUAGGCGCCUCGACCUGCCCAGUAACCUGCCAGGAUUGAUCCUUUCUUCCGAACAUUGUAACAAAUAUUCAAAGAUUCCUCGCCACUGUAUGUCUGAAGAUAGCAAGUAUGUUUUAAUACAGAUGUUAUGGGACAACAUGAAAUUACAUCAGGAUCCAGGACAGCCCUUGUACAUCCUCUGGAAUGCCCACAGUCACAACCGCACUCUUCUGUUUGAGACUCAGAAGUAUCCAAUGGUCCAUUUGUUACAAAAAAGUGAUAACUCCUUUAACCAGGAACUGUUGAAAAGCAUGGUGAGAAGCAUUAAAAUGAACGAUGUUUACGGGCCCAUGAGUCAGAUUUUAGAGACACUGAAUAAAUGUCCUCACUUUAAAAGACAGCGGAGUUUAUAUAGAGAAAUAUUAUUUCUCUCACUUGUGGCACUGGGAAGAGAAAACAUUGAUAUAGAUGCAUUUGACAAAGAAUACAAGAUGGCAUAUGAUCGUCUCACACCAAGUCAAGUCAAGAGUACACAUAACUGUGACAGACCACCAAGCACAGGCGUGAUGGAAUGCCGAAAAACUUUUGGAGAACCUUAUCUUUAAGACAUGUGUGAAUAUGUACACAUUCAGUAUAUAUUGUAUAGUCAGUGUACAAAGUAACACUUUUAGACUCUAAACUCCACUUUUUGAGAAUGCAUUUGUAAAUGGGUUGGGAAGUUCAGGUGGCUUUGUACAGAAUGCGUUUGUGGGACAACAGUGACAGACAGGGAGAGAACCACUUACUUCCCAUUCGUUUCUUUUUUAUCACCCCUGUGAAGUAAUUAAGUAUUCUAUGCUGAGGAAGUCUCUUUUAAAAAUUGGUUGCUGCAAAAUUAGGCUGUCUUAUGGUUUCUCUUAGAAGAGGCAGGUGGAAAAUCACAUAUGGAGCAUAAGCAAAGAUGUCAGAUCAAAGUGUGUCCUGCUUUCAUGGACUGUCCAUGGACUGUUCGCACUUUCACCAUGAAGUUCUAUUAUACAUAUUUUAAAUUGUUUAUAGUAAGUUGAUAUUUUUUUAAUUUUUAAAUUUAAUAUAGCAAACUUAAAAUGAAUUUAAACCUAUGAAACAAGUGUUUAUUUUCUUUGUGUCUGCUCUUUGAAGUAAUUUGCACAGCUGCAGAUCUCUGUGUAUAUCUACCUAUAUUUUUUUUAUUACUUGAGAGGAAGAAUUUUAACUAGUCAGUGCUAGUGUCCAUGCCCUUGGAUUGCACACUAGCUCCCCUGAAUCUGACUGGUGAGAGGGACUGAGGGAAACAGGGUGAGCCCUGUGCAGGGAGCGCCAGACAGGGCGCCUGCGCCAUCUCCUCCAGUCUCCUCCACUACGAAGAUGUGAAAGUACCCAUGGAAAAUAGCUCACAACGCGAACAUCAACGUAAAUCUCAAUAUGCUAUAUGAAACCUUACUUAGGGGAAUGAUUGACAACUGGCUCUUGCAAAGUUUACCCAAAAUGCUGGGUAUGAAACAGAUUGCACUAUAAAAUAUGUAUCUGAAAUAUGGUUUUAUGGGGUAUUCUGUUAAUAGUAUAUAUAGAAAGAGAAUCAAAGUAUUUUUGAAAGCAGAAAAAUAGUAAGCGUCUAAAAGUGCGUCCAGAGAGAAUUUCCCAUAUCAAGGGACUUAGUUUUUUCAAUAAGCUUCAGGAUCUGAAGUUCAUGGAAUCUAAAAUGUAAGCUACACAUCAUCAGACAAUAAACUCAAUGUUUAAACACCAGGGGUAUUAAAUUGACUUAAAACACAUUUUUUAGUUAUAUUAUUUCUAAAACCACUUUCUUUGAAUAAUUUCUCAUAAGGAAACAGCAUCCUUUGAUCUCCAGAAUUCAUUAUUCAUGUAUUUUCAGUGUAUGUAUAUACAUUUGCAAAGGUUGUCAUUCGUAAAGGAAGGCUAGCCAUUUUAAAAAGAAGAGGAAAAGUGGGUGGUCCCAAAUUUGGUGUUUAAGGCAAGCAGAGUCUACAGUGCUUGACCUGGAAAUACCUUACGAGCCCCGAGACUCACCAGUUCAGCCACAGAAAAGCUGCCUCUCAGUCCCCGCCACCACUGAGUAGCCAGGCUGAAGCCGUCCACAGCUUUUGCCCUCUGGCAAGUCGUGGAGAAAGCAUAAAAUGUGAAUCCUGAGUUCAGCUGAUUUGAGGCUGAACUUACUUACUUGAAAACACUGGUGCUACGUGCGCGCAUACCUACCGCUCCGGUCGAUCCCGCGGCCUCACUGGCCUCGCUGCUUCCCAUUCUCCAAGUCACUGAGAAGUGUAUUCCGUCUCUCCGGAGACUGAGAACGUUCAAGAGGAGGUCCUUGACGCUGGUGGUUAAACAUACCCUCUAACAGGAUUUGGGGUCUCAUCUGUGCUUCCUUCUUCCUUCCCUUAUGAGAGCAGUUUGCUCGGCUGCCUCCAGUUUCUGUGAUGCAAACUGUGUGAUUUGUUGGUUUCAAAUGUCUGAUGAGCACAGAGAGGCAAAGCUGGUUUUUCAUAUUCACUCGGAAAGCUGAGCGUGAUUUCUGUCUCCUGCCCUUGCCCUGAGUUUUGUUCUCUGUCUCUGAAUAAAGUUGUAAUUUUCCUGCUUUUAAUUCCCAGGAAUAUUGUUGUACGAAGAUAAUUUUUAAAAAUAAUACCUAAACAUGGAGUAGGGCCAGGUCAAUCCUGCUCCAAAGAAAAGUAAAAUAAGGAUCAUCUUUUGAAACAAUUUAAUACAAGCUGUUUUUCAGUUGUUGUUGUUUUUUUUUUAAUUUACCAUACAUUUUGGGAAAUUACGGCCAAUAGUGUUGGAAAGCAGUAUCCUUGCCCUCCACUCUUUAUUUUCCAUUCUUAGGUUUGCUUAUGUCUAAAUUGUUGGAAAUAAACCAUGCUCUUGCUAAUAUAGUUUAAGACUCAUUAGGUUUGAAUGUUCCUCUGUGUAUGUACAUACUGCUUUAAAUAUUCAACAUUUCCCAACUGUUGCCAGAUAUCUCUGUAUGUAGCUACUCAUCUUCUGGUUCUGUUUUCUUUUCUAUAGUUUUCUAACUUUUAAACCCCCGAAACUAUCAACUCAUCUUACUAUAAGGUAUGUCUAGUAUGUCUUCCCAUUUUUGUACAUAGAGAAAUGACCCUGAAAAUGUUGGUUCAGCAUUUUAGGCAAUAAAUACUUAUUUUUACUUCA